CAUUAGGAGUCUGGCGUUUUGGCAUGGAGUUUUACUUGAAUACCCUUGGGAAAGGUUGGGUUUGAAGUUGGUUAGCUGACUAUAUCAGAGUCGACCUUUGACGCUUCGAUGGAAUACAAAGUUGAGAUUACAAUACAGCUAUCCCACUCCUCGAUAUUGUAUCCACAGUGUGAUGAUCCAGACAUCACCAAUGACUCAACCCAGACAUUGGUUUCUAGCCUUCGCAAGGUUUCCAUCUCAUCACUGUCGAUAACCGUCUCGGGCUCCAACUGCUUUGUAUUCGCACUAGCACUGUGGCACCUUUCCUAUCGCUCCCAAAAGUCGGGUAGUGACGUCAAAUCUGUUUCUAUCUCAUGCUUCUCCGGAAAUCCGCACCACUGUGAUGGGAAUUGCUUGAGAUUCUACACAAGAUCGAUGGCAGAUUGCCGUGAUCCUUUGCAGGGGUGCUUCCACAUAGUAUCUACUUCGGGAACAAUACAGGAGGUUUAUCACCAGCCAGUAAUACCAUCUGGAAAUUAUCUCCACGCUUGACCUUAUGAAAUUCUGAAUUCCCAUCGGAUCUAAUAUGGAGAUCUGCUCGAUGCGAUCGUCCCCGGUGCAGUACAAAGCAUGUUUUGAUUCGUUCGGUAGACUACUGGAGCACGUACCCGUGGAGGCCUUCUCCAGAAU